UAGCAACUAUUCCAUUCGCCACUCGAUAAGUAUGCCUGCUAUGAGGAACUCUGCAACCUUCAAGUCCUUUGAGGAUAAAGUGGGGAACCUGAAGGUAGGCCUGUAGGGCUGCAGCCGUAGGCCUUGAUGUGACUCUUUCUGCCUCCAUGUCAUAUACAAGGUCGUGGGCCCCAAAGGGAACGGAGAGGCCGUCACCUCCCCCACUGACACCACCCCCACUCAGGAGAACCCACCUUUCUGAACGCAUCCCCCCCCCCCCCACCUCUUCCUCCUCCUCCUCACCGCCACCUUCCUCACGACCUGAGACUGUACUGUUAUCACCUCACUGACUCGCCACCACUCAGUUGCCCCGAGGUCUGUAGAAGCAGAUGGGGGGUGAAGGACUGGUGGGUUUGGGGUCGCUGCUGGUCCCACGGCCUCCACUCCUCUGCCUCGCUGUCCAGGAAAAAGGAAACAUGUUUUGUUGAUGUCUAAACCUGAAUAAUUUACAGCCCCCCCCCCGUUAGACGUCGUCGUUAGUCCAAAUGAGUCGAGGGUCGUCUCCUGCCCUCUUCACAGGCCUUUCUUUAAGCAGGGAGCUGCUGUUUUCAGCCAGUCGCCUGGCUAAAGAGAAGGCUACAAGGCAUGAUUAAGAAGUCUAAAUGAGAAUUUUCACAUUUAAUUGUGGGAUUGGGUGUUUGUUAGGAUAAGCCCUGCAGUGACGCAUCAAAAGGUAACUCUGCAGGUGCAUUUUUUUGGGCCCCAACUCCCGAGUUUAGGAACCAGGAUCUCUGCAGACCGAGGGCGGAGGAGCAUUUGACGGGCAUAAGCAAGAUGGUGGUCUAUAACUACUACUGUUUCUGGCUUCUUGUUUUCUGACUGCUGUCGCAUUCGCACUGUGACCACAUACUAGUGUCACCACCGUAUCCCCAGGUUUUUCCCCCUCAAACUUCUCUUCAGAGUUCUCUUGACAGCUCUGCGGAUGCCCGCCGUGUGAACGCAGGCUACACCUGCAGGUUAGAGCUUAGUGGUUUGACUGGGGGAGGGGUCUAGCACAUCUCACCCCUCUUAGACCUUCUACUGCUACAUGCAUGUGCAUAUCUCAUCUCAGUUGUACCAUAGCAACCAUGCAAAGAAGACCGAGGUCUCGCGUAACGCCCUAAAAACACCCCCAGGAUGUAAAAACGGAGAAAAUAAAACAACCCUCAAACCAUUUUGUAUUACAAACUAUUUUACACUGCUUUGCAUAAUGUUUUUACAUAACUUUUAUCAAUAUGUAUAAAUAUAUAUUAUGAAAUCUAAUAAAUCUAGUCACUGAUGCUGCCAAACGGUAGUAAUCGGUUGUGGGGGGGGGGUUAAGAGAAAGAGGGGCGAGGCUAAACAAACUUCAGAAGAAACUAUGGGUCAGUUUCACAGACACGACUUCCUUUCUGUCAGGAGAUUAUCAGUCGAAAGUACAUCUGUGUUCUAAAAUAUAUUAAAGGUCCCAUGACAUGCUGCUUUUUGGAUGCUUUUAUAUAUUGAGGCGGGGGGGGGGCAAGGUGGAGGGUG